UUGAACGCAAACAACACUGGCGUCCGGGCGCUGCUGCGGUACCAGUCGUGACCGCCCGACUGCUCAGCUUUUCACGGCUCACAGAUGUAAUUCGUCGCGUACCACGGACUGGAACCGAGAUAAUUUACACCCAUUCACAACCGGGCCACGGUUAGGACAUAUUCUUCCAAUCAUACUGUCAAAAUAUCAGCGACUUUUUCGAAGUCACUCGGCCAGCUAACGCGCGUUAGCAGGUUAGAUGUGAUUUUCAGAGGCGCAGAGAGCCAGUAUAGGAGCAGCUCCGCGAUGUUUUUGUACUUGGAUCGCUAGUAUAUCACAUUGAUUUGGUUUUGAAAUGGACGUGUUGACACCUGUAUGACGGAUCAUUGCUCGGAGUAACGCUGGUCUGAGCGCUGCUGAGUUGGCUAACUGGAAGGAGCAGCUCAAUAACUUGCCCUAAAGUUUUUGUGUGUUCUAAGUGGGACUUCCAUGUGUCUUUCCUCAUGCUUGUAAAGAGGAAAACAGGACUUAAGGUUUGACAUUACAGAUGCACAAUAGUAUACAGCCGAAUAUUUAUAGUAGUUAGGGAUACAUUAAGGACCCUUUUGCCACCCGGCCUAAUAAAACUUGUGAGUCCUCGGACUCGAUUUUCCACAUGAGUGCUGGGAACAAUAUUGUUGUAUUUCAUUAGCUGACGGGUUCAAGUUAAUCUGACUAUGUUUUAAUGCUGUAAUUCCCACAAAAACUCGCUAGUUUAAUUUCAGAAAAUCACAUAGGAAGUUGACAUUCAAUGCUGACAUCCGCCGAUAGGGUUUGUCGAAAGUUUGCGGUAAAAUUCGUCUUCCUGUCAAAAUUAUACAAACUAUGACUUAAUGACAGGAACUUUUUACUAAUCUGUGCUGAUUUGGGGGUCUCACACCGAGCUCAGGAUCUCUUACAAGUUGGACUUUGGACACUUCUCAUCGAGCUGUGCCGAUGCCACAUUUGAUUGAAUUGUGAGAGCUGUGAACACGUUCAGUUUCAGAAGAUAAACGGUCAAAUUCAACCUCAGAAUAUGUCGACGAGGACACCACUGUUACCCAUGAUUGACCACUCCACUGGCCAGUCUCACUCCGACUCAAAGCCCGGAGGGCGAUGCAUCAUGCCCCUCUCCACAGCAGACGAGCAGCCCCACAUCGGCUGCUACAGGCUCCUGAAAACCAUCGGCAAAGGCAACUUCGCCAAGGUCAAACUGGCCAAGCAUGUCCUCACUAGCAAAGAGGUGGCGGUGAAAAUCAUAGACAAGACUCAGCUCAAUUCCUCCAGUCUUCAAAAGCUAUUUCGGGAAGUGAGGAUCAUGAAGGUCUUGAAUCACCCAAAUAUCGUGAAGUUAUUCGAAGUGAUUGAGACCGAAAAGACACUCUACCUGGUGAUGGAAUAUGCCAGCGGAGGUGAGGUGUUUGAUUACCUCGUAGCCCACGGCAGAAUGAAAGAGAAAGAGGCCCGAGCCAAAUUUAGACAGAUUGUGUCAGCAGUGCAGUACUGUCACCAGAAGUGCAUUGUCCACAGAGACCUCAAGGCAGAAAACCUGCUCCUGGAUGCAGACAUGAAUAUAAAAAUCGCAGAUUUCGGCUUUAGUAACGAGUUCACACUGGGCAACAAGUUGGAUACUUUUUGUGGCAGCCCUCCAUAUGCUGCGCCCGAGCUCUUUCAAGGGAAGAAGUACGACGGGCCUGAGGUGGAUGUCUGGAGUCUUGGGGUCAUACUGUAUACACUGGUCAGUGGUUCUUUGCCGUUCGAUGGACAGAACCUAAAGGAGCUGCGAGAACGCGUUUUGAGGGGCAAGUACAGGAUUCCCUUCUAUAUGUCGACCGACUGUGAGAACUUACUGAAGAAAUUCCUCAUACUCAACCCAACCAAGAGAGGGAGUCUUGAGCAGCAGAUCAUGAAGGACCGAUGGAUGAAUGUGGGCCAUGAGGAUGAAGAGAUGAAGCCCUACAUCGAACCCCAACCUGACUACAAGGACCCUAAGAGGACAGGUCAGCACUCCAUCAGUGCAGCGGGUUGGAAGAGAGAUAUUAUGCUGCGAAUGGGAUACUCUUUAGAGGAGAUACAAGACGCCCUUAUUAAACAAAAAUACAAUGAUGUCAUGGCAACUUACUUAUUACUGGACUAUAGGAACUCAGAGCAGGAUGAACCAUCAAUAAAGCACCGCCUAAGCACUGACCUCACUAACAACUCCCAUUCACCUUCUCAGAAGGGACAACGCAGCACCUCCAAUCAAAAGUCCCGCAGAUCCACAGACCAAAGCUCCUCUGUUUCCUCCAAGCGACCUCAGGGCGAAAGUAAGCACAUCGCCAGUUCAAGCAGCUCCAGUAAAGUCCCUCCCAGCCCGCUGAUCUCCGGAGAACAUAAGAAAACUCCUACCCCUUCCACUAACAGCAUCCUAUCCUCAGGCACCAGCCGCAGCAGGAACUCUCCAAUCACUGAGAGGGCCACUCUGGGUGUACAGAACGGCAAGGACAGCCUGAACACUCCAGGGUCCCGCACCUCCACCGCCUCAGCGGCCGCGGUGCUCGCCGCGUCAUCCCGCACCCGCCACCACAAGUCCUUGUCCACCUCCGCCCACCCCAGCCCCUCAGACCUCCAUGCACAUCGCCCCAGCACAGCCAAUCAGAGAGCACCAGUUGUGUCCCCCUCAGCUCAGAACAUUUCCUCAAUGGCUGACCGUACCAACUUCCCCAGAGGGGUGACUAGCAGAAGCACUUUCCACGCUGGCCAGCAAAGAGCCACACGAGACCAGCAAGCCUCGGCGUACAACGACCCCUCUGCCUCCCCCUCCCUUUCCCAUGGCAACAGCCAGGUGCGCCGUCCCGGGACGGGUAUCUUCAGCAAGUUUACUUCCAAAUUUGUACGCAGAAAUCUCUCAUUCAGAUUUCCCAGAAGGAGUCCGUAUGAGGGAGAGGGUCGAGAUGAGGCCAGCAGACCCAUGUUGAGCCCAGCCGACAAGAUGGAGAAAGGUACCCAGGGACUGCCCGGCGACGAAAACAAGGACUCCUUUUCUUCCUCUUCUCCGGCGUCCAGCACACCCUCGUCCUCCAAGGACACGAAGCCACGCUCCCUUCGCUUCACCUGGAGCAUGAAGACCACCUCCUCCAUGGAGCCCAACGAAAUGAUGAAGGAGAUCCGGAAAGUUCUGGACUCCAACAGCUGCGAGUACGAGUUGCGCGAGCGCUUCAUGCUCCUCUGCGUUUCGGGCAGCCCUGCGCACGACGACUUCGUCCAGUGGGAGAUGGAGGUGUGCAAGCUACCGCGCCUCUCCCUCAACGGGGUGCGCUUCAAGAGGAUCUCCGGAACCUCCAUCGCUUUCAAGAACAUCGCCUCAAAGAUCGCCAAUGAGCUAAAACUGUGAGGAAGUCGAUUGUUUUUGCGUGAAAAGAUCUUGAGGAACGGCUGGAGCCCAUGUGUUGGGUAUAUGGAGGCACUGUGAGGAAAAUCAUUGGAGUAUUGAGCUCUACGGCAGCAAUGAAGAGUCUCGAGGCUGUAAAGGUGUAAGACAAGUUCAUGGGGGACAUUUGUGCAUAUAGACAUUCUUCAAGGGGUUUAUUUUUUGGGGGAGGUGUUCUGUCUUGGUUUGGGUUUUCUGUUCCUUUCUCACCCUCCUCGAAUACGUUGUGUUGUCAUCUUUAUUUUUGGCAAUUUCGUUCAAACGUUGUGGUUUUUCUUGGACCUCACAAUUGUCGUCACCUCAGAAAGAGUAAGAGAGAGCGAGAAGAGGUUGGCGUUAAUAAACUGGAAUUGUUUGCCAGUGAAUCUUCUUUUUUUCUUCUACAAAUGCAAACCAGCUGCUGUCAUGGAAAGCUGUAGCUAACUCCCCCCAAUACCAUGAUCCUUAUUCCUUGUUCGUCCCCAAACACAAACAAUGGUAAUCUAAACCACAUUACUUGAUCUUACUUCCAAUUCCAGGUUAGCUGUGAUGAGCAGAGAUGGAGAGAUUGGUUGAUUUAUGCUCUGAAUGUACAACAACAAAAAAUCGAGACCCAAAUGCCAGGCACACUCAGUAGAGGCACAAUUCGAAUUUUCUUAUUCACUCAUGCUCUGAUUGGUUCUGAUCUAGCCAAUGGUGUUGUUGCUUAUCCGUAAUCUCUGCCCCAUUUCUACGUCACAGUACAGUGUCUUAUUUGAGCUGAAAUGGAAGUGUUGACUUGAACCCUUGGUGCAUUGGAGGUGAAUCACCUCUUAGCACUCCAUGCCCAGACAAUUAGUUUUUUUUGUUGUUGUUUGUUUGUUUUUUUCCCCUCUAUUGCAGGGGUUCUAUAUCUGAAACUAAUUAAGGGCCAAUUAAGUAAUUAUUGGUGGAUUGUAGUGUAAUUAAGACUUGCUGGUUGGAUCCAAUCUGCUGCACUGGAAUAAGUCUGUGUUUCGUUGCCUUUCUCUUGAGAAGAUAAUUAUUAAUAUUAUUAUAUGAAUAAAACCAGACAUUGGAUGAUUUGUGUUCAACUGUUUAUGAACAAUAUUCUUUUUAUUUUAGUGUAUUGUUUUUAUUUCCUUUUGUUUCACCUUCAAACGACAUUUGAAAUAUGCUUUUGUUCUUUAAUUGAUUUAAAGAGCGUGCAAUACAAAAAUAAAACUAUUUACUUUCUAAAACAUUC